AUGAUCGAUUCAAGCAGUGAAGAAGAGGACACGGAAGAUGAAGAUGAUGUAGAAAGCACUCAUGCGACGGUGGACGGACCAACAGCCGAAGCCGAAGAGACUAUUAAAGAAAGUAGCCCAGAGCAAGAACCUCAAGCACACGAACCAGACCCGUCCAAAGACGUAGAAGACGAGGUUGAGUCGGCCCCACCGCCCCCGCCAGAGGCUGCGGUAGAACCGGAUGCACCGCUGGCUCUCAUUACUUCGGAAGAGGCACCGUUGGAGCAAAGCGCUGCGCCAGAACCCUCUGCUCCGACCGAGACUGCGCCGGAGGAAAAUAUCGCGACCGGCGACGAUACUCAAGGAACCGCAGAAGCAUCCCCUGAGCAGGGUGAUGAGCAAGAUACAACGCCGACAGACUCGGAGAAGGUCGAAGAGCCGGCGGAAGACAAGAAGGCUAAUGACUUCGGUCUCGACCCUAUCCAGCCGGACGUCCCAGUUGCUGCUGAUGUCUCUGUCAUCGUUGUCGAUCAAGACCAAGGCGGCAUCUCAAUCAAUGAAGAAACCGAACAGAGCUCCGCCAGCGAGGAUCCAAACCCUGAUGGCGAUGCUCCAGCUCUAGUAAUAACUAGUGACGACACCAACUCCCCUCCAGUCGCUGAUAGCCUAGAUUCUGAACCGCCUCCGGACGACGCACCUAAAGAGCAGCAGGAUUCCGCGAAUGUUGAAGUGGUUCAAGAAGACGUACCCGUGCCUCCACCUUCACCGCAUGAGUCGUCACCAGCUUCAGCUGAACCUGCUGAACCUAUUGCCGCUGACGCCGAACCUGCGGCAGAAGUCAUAGUCGUCGAUCUAGGCCCAGCAGGCGACGAUGAUAUGGUAGUGAUCAUCGACGUUCCACCACCACCACCAGGCGUCAAUGACGACCAAAUCGUCAUUGUCCCGCCCCCAGCUCCAGAACCGCCCAGCUCACCCGGCGGAAGCGAGAAAUCAGUGCACUUCCCAACCGACCUUCAAGACCCGAAACCCAGCCGGCCAACCAGUCCCAAGAAAGGUGGCGCUGCCAAAAGCAAAGCUGCGAAAAAGAAGGAGAAGGAGUUGGCUGCGGCUAAGAAAGCUGCGGAGGAGAAGGCGAGGCAGGAGGCUAAGGCAAGGGAGAAGGAGGUCAAGGCUAAAGCGCCUCCGGUCUUGAUGGUUCGGCCGCACAAGAAGACCAGGAAAGAGAAGGAGAAGGAGAAGAAAGAUGCUGCAGCUGCCAAGAAGGCCGUUAAGGGAAAUACGAGCAAGGAAAGCUCUGCAGCAGUAGCCGAAGAGAAGGACGUGGAAGAUUUUGUUGCAGUUGAUGUGCCGGAAGCGGAGAAGGCGCCUGAAACCACUGCUGCCGAUGCUACCGAACAGGUGGCAGGGGAAGUCGAUGAGUCAGAGCCUGUUGAAAACCCGCCCGCCGAGGUCCCAGUAGAAGAAGAUUCCUCGAAAGGCAUUACCGAGAUCAGCAGUCCUAAGCCUGUUGAGGAGGGCGGAAACCCAGAGGCGUCCCUAGAAGACGGCCCUGCAGAGCCUCCGCUAGAGGACGGAACCUCGGAAGACCCGGCAGAAGAUAAGAGCCCCGUCGCCGACGCGCCUGAGCCUGAAGCAGUAGGACCUGCCGGUGAAGAAAAGGCAGCUGAGAGCACCGAAGACGCAGCUGUUGCUGAAACUGAAGAUGCUGCCAAAACAGCCAUUGAACCCUCAAGCGAACCUACAGUCGAAAAGCCUGCGACUGAAGUCCAAAUAUCGGACAACUCCGAGGAGCAAGGGGCGGCUGAGCCUGAGGCUGCGGAAGCUUCACCAGAAGGCGACACUCCAGAACAGGCUGAAGCUGAAACGUUGCCAGAGGUGCCUGUCGAGGAACCAGCUGUUCAAGAGGAACCGGACGCCGCUGAGGCCGCCGCCGAUCAAACCCCAGAGCCGGCGUCCCAGGCCGCAGUUGAAGAGAACCCUGAGAGCAGCUCCGAGGCAAACUCAGAUGCAGCAGAGAUGACCGAACAGGUGGCUGCUAUUAGUCAAGCCGAGAAACCAGCCUCACAAGCGCCUGAUGAGGAAGCUUCCGUGGCCAACAGCGAAAGUAGCCCUGAACCGCCUGCGGAAAGCGACGGUGCCGAUGCGGUCGCCGAACUAGCUGCCGAUAACAGCAACCCAGAGAGUCCGGAUGUGGAAGCGGUCGUGGAGACUGCAGGAGAGGGUGCUCAAUAUGAGGGCGCUUCGGCAGAACCUGCAGGCGACUUGGCUGGCGAAGAAACUGCCGCCGCCUCUGAGCAGUCAGAGGCUCCACUCGAUGCUGUCGAUGAGGGGACACCGGACGAGGGAAGUCUUGCAGAAUCUGCAACUCCUUCAAAGGACGAGGGUGAUUCAAGUACGCCAGAGGAGCAGAAUGACCAGGCCCCAGAAGCAGAAGCCGCUGUCGUUGCCGAAACUACAGAGUCACCCGACGAGCCGCCACCCACUCAGGAGGAACCUGCUCCCGCGAAGCAGGAAGAUGAACCUAUUCAAGAACCGCCAGUUGCCGAAGGCGACGAAGAUAGUGACGAAGAGACCGAGAGCGAGAGUGAGGAAUCCGGAGACGAGGAUGAACAAGACCAAUCCACCAACGCCACUUCGUUGGAAGAUAAUGCCGAAACUGUCGGCGACAAGCCGAGCGCAGCGCCCAAGCCAGUCGAGAUCGAAGCCGAAGCCGAGAACGGAGACAUGACACCAGAGGCAGAAUCAAGCAAAGAUACUGCGGAACCAGCUGCGGAUGGAUCUGCUGACGCAGUGUUGGAUCAAAAGGUCGAGGAGACUCCGGACGAGACAGAGCCAGCUGCGGAUGACCAGGAGCAAGCUGAAGGCGGCAGCGAGAUUGUUGAAGCCCUACCAGAAGUCACAUCAGACGAAAAUGCAGAAGAUGGAUCGUCGCCGCCGGACAGUCACCCGGAUGCCGAGGAGCCUCAGCAGCUAGAUGAGCCUCCGAAGGCCGAACAACAUCCAGUCACUGAAGGUCAAGAUGAGGACGACGAUGUUGUGCAGCCGUCAGAAGAAGUGGCGAAAGACGACGACGCGGAAUCUCCCGAUGCAGCCAACAACGAAGAAGCUAAAGAGGCUGAGGCUGAGGAUGCUGCCAACGAACCCCACAACGGUGAUUCAACCCCCGAGAACAAGGACGACUCGGAGCCAAACAAAGAGUCCGAAGCAAGCGAAGAGCAGCCUCCAGCAGACAGUGAAGACAGCAAAGCUAGCGAUCCACCCGAAACAGAAGCCCAGCAACCUCCCGCCGAAGCUCCCACAGAGAAUAACGAAAACACUCAGAAGACGCCUGAGGACAACCCAGCAGAGGCUGAGGUGGAGACCGGGCAACCAGAAGAGCAGCCAUCAGCCGAAGAAGCCGCUGAAAUCUUUUCUGAGGCCCCUGAGGAGCCUUCACCCGAAGACGUGAGAGUCGCUCAGGAGGUUAUCGAGGAAGCAAAACGGGCGGCCGAGGCCGAGGUAGCCGGGGCGACGGUGUCUGAGGAAGCUACGGGAGAAGCUGCAGAGGAAAACGCUCCUAGUGACGGUGACGUGGCAAAGCAGGACGAGCCGACGGAGACCAGUACGUCCGCACCAGACGACAGUAAAGCGAACGAAGAAGGCGAGGCGGCCAAGAACGCGGGCGCUGCUGAGCAGGACGACAAGGCGGAAGGCGAUCUACCUGCUGCUGAAAACAACGAACCUGAGAAGGCCGAGGAAGAGAAAUCCGAUGACCAGCCAGAAACAAGCGAGCAGGCGCCAGAUGCCGAGGAGGCACCACCACCCGAAGACGCUGCCGAGCCGAAAGAAGCAGCCCCAGCUACGGAGCUAGAAGCAGACCAAGCUCCAGACAAUGAUGACGGGGGCGCCGCAUCGGCUCCCGCUGAGGCUGCUACCGCUGACGAGGCUGCUGCGCCCCCUGCUCAGGAGACUGAGGCCCCCGCCGAGGAAACCGGUCCCCCCGCCGAGAGCGAGCAGUCUGCCAACGACGAUCAGCCAACUGAUCCGGCUCCUGCGGAAAUACUAGAGCAAGCUGAGGCGCCAGCGCCAGAGGAAAAGUCCGAGCCUACCGAGGAAACCAAGGCUGCUGACGAAGCAGAAGCGAGCGCGCCAGAUCAGGACCCGGAAGAGCCGGAAGCGGCCGAAGCACCUACUGCUCUUGAGGAUGCUGCUCCAGCGCCAGAAGGUGCAAGCGAUGCUCAGCCACAGCAUGAUCCUCCGCCUCCUGAAGACAAUCCAGCGGAUGAGGUUCCUGCCGCCGAGCCAGAGGAGCCGGCAGCAGAGCCUGCGCCUACGGAGACCGCAGCUCCAGAGGAGGCCGGUGAGCAAGCUUCUGAGCCUGCCCCGGAAGAAGCGCCUCGGGAAGAACCAGCUGCAGCUGGGGGUGCUGAACCGGAGGCUGAUGUUGCUGCUGAGGUGGUUGUGGUUGUGGUUGUUGAAGAUGCUCCUGCUGGAGAACCGGAGGCUGAGGAGCCAGCGGCGGAAGAGCCAACCCCGGAAGAGCCACCAGCUGAUCAGACAGCAACAGUAGCGGACGAGCCACCAGCCGAAGAACCAACCACAGCAGCCGAAGAGCCACCAGUAGAAGAGCCUCCGGCAGAAAAGCCUCCGGCAGAAGAGCCAGCUGCAGAAGAACCAACAGCUAUAGUAGAACAGCCAGAAGCAGAAGCGCCAGCGGCCGAGCCUCAACCAGACGCGCAGGAACCAGAAGCCGCUCCUCCCCCCGAUGCGCCCAAAACACCUUCAAACGAGACCGCCGCGGCAGAGGACACCGCCGUUCCUAUCUCUCCCGCAUCGCCGCCAUCACCGAGCCAAGAGAAACGCCACAAACGGCAGUCAUCCUCCCGCAACGAGCAUUCAGGCUGGAUCCGAACGCAGAGACCGCGGUCCAACACCGCCGAGACAAGCGCUUUCUCCAUAUUCGGGGCUGCCAAGCCGAGCCAUGCGCGCCGCGAUAGCCAUGCGAGUAAGGAUAGUAAGGAGAGGGAUAAGGUGCGAGAGAUAGCAAAAGAGAAGGAGAAAGAGCGGCCGAGCACUUCACGCAGGAUUUCGAGGGCGGCUGCAGAAGAGGAAGACCGGGAGCGCCGGCGGCGCAGAGAGGCGAGGAAGGCGGAGGAGGCGAAACUAGCUGCGGAUGCUGCAGAGCGGGAACUCCUAAGACGCGAGGACGAGGAGAGGAAGAAGAGACAUGAAGCCAGACGGGAAGCGAAACGAGCCGAAGCCGCGAAGCUACAGGCUGCUGAAGAAGAAGCAAAAAGAAAGGAGGAGGAGCGGAGGGCGCGGCAUGAGGCUCGUAGGGAAGCGCGCCGUCUCGAGGACGCGCAGAAGGAGGAAGAGGAGAAGAGACUAGCGGCCGAAGAACAAGAGGAAGAAGAAAGGCGCAAAAGAAGACACGAGCGUCGAGAGCGUGAGCGACGUCCUACCAACGGAAAAGCCAGGGAAGAGCGCACGAGAGACAUACCUCCGCCUGCGACCUCUCCUGUCGAGGAGAGACCGCGAAGCCUCAAGACAUCCGGCAGGACCUAUUCGGAUCGUGCACGUCGCGAUCCCAGCCCAAAACGGCCGGGGCUGCUGAGCUUGCUCACGAGAUCCAUUACGGAACCGCUGUCGCCGCCGAAGGAGAGGGUGACGAUUAAGCAGCGUGCUCCUACAUCCACUGAGAGGGAAGAGCAUCGGCACAAAAAGCCGAGGAGUCCGCAGGAGGAGGCUGAGCACCGCGCUCGCAAAGAAGCGCGCAGAAGGGAAAAAGAGGCCAAAGAGGCUAGCGCUGGACCGGCAGAACCGUUCCAGGUGCCGCAGCCAGAACCGGCCAUCGAAACUAUACCGGAGGAGCCAGCAGCGGCGCCAGAACAAGAGGCAGCCCCACCUCAGCCCCCGGCUCCUACUUCGACCAAGCAUCGCGCGGAGGAACGACCGAGAUCUAGACGCGUCGAAAGCGAUCGGCCUCGAUCGAGUAGAGCAGAGGCAGAAAGACCGAAGACGAGCCGCCGGGAGAGCGAACGGCAUCACAAGAGCGAGAGAAGUGAGAGGCGGCCGCUGCCGCCAUCGCCAUCCCAGUCACAGAGGAAGAGUGGGUUCUGGAGUGGACUGAAGAAUGCGCUGGCUGUUUGA